AUGGCGUAUCCAUGGAACAUCGUAAUAUUGAAGCUGAAGCUUCUUAUUCUCGUCACCUCGUCAACUGUAUUACUAACAAACCCUUCAUCUCAUCCUGCUUCACAAUCUCUGCUUACAAUUCCUCUGCACAAAAAGCUGAGACUGAAGCAGCAGCCUCACUAUCAUCCUGAAAAAGUAGAAGCAACCAUGAACUUGUACCCAAACGUCAAUGGCUACGCGGUGUUCUUAUGGGUCGGAACUCCGAGCCAAAUCCUCUUAGCUCGGAUCGACACAGCCACUCAUUUCACAUGGGCUCAAUGCCAGCCUUGCAGCGCCUGCUACCCACAGACCCGCCCUCUCUUUGACAGUCGAGCAUCUGCCACUCUUCAAGAGCUUGCCGGGGACUCCCCUGCUUGCACAAUCCCUGACAUGCGAGACGUCUUUUUCUUUCCUCAAGGCUCUUCUUGUCGGUUCAAUCUAAAAUAUGCAGAGCAAUCUCGAUCCUUAGGAAGAGUCGUGAUCGACUUGUUGACUCUGGUUCCUUCCAACACAAUCCUCGAGCAAUUCGUCAUGGGUUGUGCAGAUUCUCACGAGGGUCCCUUCAGUACUCACUUUUCUGCAGUUCUUGGGCUGGGUCGUGGUCCACUGUCUUUGCAGAGCCAGCUCCGUGCAGAGGCAUUUUCUCUAUGCCUGUCAUUGGAAAAACCCUCUCUUCUGAGUUUCCAUGGCGCCUCGCCUCCAAAAGAAAACUAUGAUAGUAACUCUAUUGCGGUUCCUCUAAGCCAGAAGGAUCGAUAUCCUCACUAUUACUUUGUGCAGUUUGUGGGUAUAGGUGUUGAUGGGUUCAUGCUGGAUAUUCCAUCCAGGGUUUGGGGGUACGGGCUGAACUAUGAUAGUGGGGUAAUUGUCGAUACCGGGUCGAAUCUGAUGCGUUUGCCAAGCGAAGCGUAUAGUGUUUUUGGGUCAGAGAUCAGAAGGAAGAUGGGGAAUUUUAGGCAUAGAUUGGUGGGGCCAGAGGGGUUGGAGUUUUGCUACGACGAAGAACCUUCAAGUGUUUACCCAGAAAUAGAAUUGUAUUUUGAGAAUGGGUCGAUCGAAGGUGAGAAUCUUGUUACGUUGAAGCUGAGUGAUGAGCAGAUAGUCCUAAGGCCAGAAGAAGGGGUGGUUUGCUUAGCUUUUAGGGAAGGAAAAGAUCCGGCUUUAACAGUCAUCGGGAACAUUCAAUUACUGGGGACACUAUUGACAUACGAUCUGGCCAAAGAUCUUGCAGUUUUCACACCCGGAAAAUGCUAG